AUGAUUAUUUGUGCAUUUUUUCUUUAUGUUAUUCUUACGUACAGUGAAAUAAUAUUGUGCUUUAAAAUAAAUAAUAUAUAUAACCAGAGUAGUUGGUUACUACAUAACAAAUAUGUAAAAAAAUAUUCUCGAAUUAAGAAUAAUUUGGACAAUAAUGUAAUAAAUCAUAAUGUUAAUAUAAAAGAAAGUGUUGAAAGGAAUAUCAAAUGUAAGAUUGGUGUAGAAGUUCAUGUACAGUUAAGUACUAAAUACAAGGCAUUUUGUAACUGUUUUAAUAUAUCAUCCUUAUAUAGAGAAAAAACAUAUGGAAAAAAUAAUAUCGAUUUGAUAAACUUUUUAAAUGAAAAUAUUUUUAAAAAAAUUCAAAAAGGAAAUGAAAAAAGGCACACUUCAAAUGGAGAGUUAAAAAGGAUUAUGCAGGAACAAAACAUUAAUGUAGAUGAGCCACAUAAGAAUGUAAAGAACCAUGUAAAUAAUAAUGCUAGUAAUGAGGUUAGCAGUGCCGUUAGUAAUGACUUUGGUAAUGAUGUUAGUAAUAACAGUAGUAUUACUAAGCCAAAUAAACACAUUUGCAACAUCUGCAUUGGAGAAGUAGGCUCUCUGUGCAUAUUGAACACCUUUGCGUUGUUAUUCACUUAUUUAAUUUGUAUUAUUCUGAAUUGUAAUUUAGCUACUUAUAUAACAUUUGACAGGAAAAUUUAUAAUUAUUAUGACUUACCAAAGGGGUAUCAAAUUACUCAGAAAGAAAAACCAUUAGGAACAGAAGGUUAUAUUUACGUGAAUGAGAAAAAGUUUCUCGUUAAAAGCGUUCAUUUAGAAGAAGAUACUAGUAAAUGUCUUCUAUAUACCAGUGGUACAAACACUUCGAAUAAAGAGUAUGAUAAUGAAAUUACUGGAAAAGAAUCAAUACUACAAACACCAGGUAAUACAAAUCAAUCAGUUUACAACAAUAAUGUAAAUUUAAAUGAUAAGGACCUAGCUGGAAAUAGUAGCGAUAAGGGAGACCCGGAUUUAUCUAACAAUUAUAAUGAAAUAAAUAAUAGGAACAAAAAAGUUUUAUUAGAUUAUAACAGAUGUGGAAUACCGUUAGCCGAAAUAGUUAUAGAAAAGGAUUAUAUGAGCGCUGAUGAUUGUAUAAACUUGCUUAAGGAAAUAAAAAAAAAAGUAUGUUUACUUGGCGUAUGUGUUGGUAAUAAAGAAAAUAUAAGAUCAGACAUAAACAUAUCUUUUGAAUAUAACAACGUAAAUUAUAAUAGAGUAGAAAUUAAAAAUAUCAACAGUUUUAGAAAAAUUCGAAAUUGCAUACAACAUGAGAAAGAAAAUUUUUUAAGAAGCAUUACAGCUAAUAAUACAAGCUCAAGAUGUCAAAAUGGUGUAAACAACAUAUAUACCAAAAGUUACCUAGAUAAUACACAAUACAUUUUAAGAAAAAAGGAAGAGUACAAUUACGUACACGAAAUGAAUAUUCCUGAAUAUGUGCUUGGUAAAAACAUUUUGAAAUUAUUAAAAUUUUAUGUGAAUUAUAAAAUUAAAAUAUAUGAGGAUGAAAUAAAAUAUAAAUGGUCAAAGCAAUAUUUCCACGUAUUUUUUAAUGAUCCUUUUUUAUAUAAUUAUUUUAAUGAGUGCUUAAAAUUUGAAGAUGAAAAAAAUGUUUCCAAUUUCAUAGUUAACACAUUGCUUGAUGUGGUCAAAAAAAAAAAUAUACUAUCAAAAAAUAUACAAAUAAAACCAAAACAUAUUUGCUAUCUUAUUAAUUAUGCAACAAAAAAUAAUUUAGAUAACACAUUUCUUAAAAAUGUACUAUUCAAAUAUAUAGACGUGGGAUUUGAAAAAGAUAACCUUCUUGAAAAUUUAAAAAAUGUAAGUUUUCAAGAAAUGCAAGAUACACUAAAAAAAUUAAUUGAUGAAAAUAUGAAAUAUUUAAAAAUUGAUGGUAAUAAAAACGUCUUAAACGAACAAAAUUUUAAAAAUAGAAUUAUAGGAUUACUAAAAAAUAAGAUAAAUCAAGAAAACUCUCUCUUAAGUGUGAAUUACAAAUUUGUGAGUACUUUCAUUUUUGAUUAUAUAAAAAAAUCAGUGUAA